UAGGCAGGAAAAAGCAGCCAGGUUCUGUAAGUUUGAACGUGAAAACCUGAAAAGCUGAAGGGGACGUACCAGGAUCUGCACUGGCUUAUUAACAUGGAAAUUCCAGCCAUAAAUCUCAAGGCCAUCGUGCUGGUUCACUGGUUACUGACCAUCUGGGGCUGCAUGAUGACCUCACUGCCCUCCUCCUACAUUUGGGGGAACUUCAGCAUUCUGGCAGUGGGGGUGUGGGCCGUCGCCCAGAGGGACUCCAUUGAUGCGGUACUGAUGUUUCUGAUGGGGAUGACCAUCACCAUCCUGACGGACAUCAUCCACUUUGGGAUCUUCUACCCGCUGGUGGAUCGACCUCACGACGCCUUCCGCUUCAGCAUGGGCAUGGCCAUCCUCAGCCUGCUGCUCAAACCCGUGUCCUGCUUCUUUGUCUAUCAGAUGUACCGCGAGCGGGGCGGAGACUACAACGUCAACUUCGACUUGGAGACCUCGGUGGACAGCCGGUGCACGACGGACAGUUCGGACAGCACUUUGCUGGGCCGACGCUACUGAAGCCCCCCUUCCUGCUGCUGCCUUGUCCCUCCCGCUCAGACAGCCCUCUGUCCCCUCCACCUGCUGGCCUCAGACGGUUUCACUCCGGUUAUCAUAGCUCUUCUGCUCAUGUCUGGCUGCUCGCUUCUGUUUGGCUGCUCUUCUCCGGGGACCAAGUCUGACCGCUGCUCCCCUCUGUGCUGCGGUCAUCAUCACCCUGCCAAUCAAACUCCUCUCUGUCCUCAACCAGCCAAUCAGAAUCCCCAAAGCCUCCUCUCUGUCCUCAACCAGCCAGUCAGAAUCCCCAAAGCCUCCUCUCUGUCCUCAACCAGCCAGUCAGAAUCCCCGAAGCCUCCUCUCUGUCCUCAACCAGCCAAUCAGAAUGCAGGACCUUCCCUUCUGUCAUCUCCAAUCAGUGUGCAAGAUGUCCCUCCCCUUUCUUUAUCCUCCUCAUCCUCUUUCAUGUGAAUACAAAAAACUGUGAUGCCAUGACAACAUUUAGGUCACCUUGUCUGUCUCAUGCUUGUGUAUGUACCGU